ACAGCACCUGGAAUGCCCUAUGGCUCCACUCAGCAGGUCCCUGCCACAGCACCUGGAAUGCCCUAUGGCUUCCCUCAGCAGGCCCCUGGGACUUACCAAGGUGCAGUGAACUAUGGAUUCCAGGGACAGCCCAUGGGAUUCCCAGGUGGAUUUGUUCCACCUGUCCAGAACCAGCCCAUGAAUGGGACAAUCUGGAUGCCUAUCCCUCCUUCUAUUCCCAACUGCCCUCCUGGACUGGAGUACCUCACACAGAUCGACCAGAUAUUAAUUCAUCAGCAACUUGAACUUCUUGAGAUUGUGACUGGCUUUGAAACAAACAACAAAUACGAAAUCAAGAAUACACUGGGACAAAGGGUGUACUUUGCAGCAGAGGACACUGACUGCCUGACCAGGAAUUUCUGUGGGUCAUCACGGCCCUUCACCAUCCGGAUUAUUGACAACCUGGGCCACGAGGUGAUAACGCUGCACAGACCUCUGAGAUGCUCCUCCUGCUGCUUCCCCUGCUGCUUGCAGGAGCUGGAAGUCCAGGCACCUCCAGGAACAACAGUUGGUUAUGUUAUCCAGACUUGGCAUGCCUGCCUGCCAAAAUUUACCAUUCAAGAUGAGAACAAAAGGGAUAUGCUGAAAAUUAUUGGCCCAUGUGUUGUGUGCAGUUGUUUUCAGGACGUUAAUUUUGAGGUGAAGUCUGUGGAUGAGACUUGUGCUGUUGGGAGGAUUUCUAAGCAGUGGACUGGUUUUGUGCAGGAAAUGUUUACAGAUACAGAUAACUUUGGAAUCUCAUUCCCAAUGGACCUUGAUGUGAAAAUGAAAGCUGUCAUGAUUGGUGCUUGCUUCCUUAUCGACUUCAUGUUUUUUGAGCAUGGUUCUGAUAACCAGCAGCAAUCAGGAGUUUGGCAAUGAAAUCUAAAUGUUCUCUAUGGAAGGAAGAAGAACAUGAAUCUCCCAACUUUCCAAUGAAUUGCAGAGCUCCAGUUAGAAUAUGAGAAAUGUACAUGUUAUAGUUACAUUUCUAUAAGUUAAAAGCUUUAUGGUCUUUUUUAUUAUUUUUUUUAAUCUGGAGAAAUAAUUUGUAGCAUUCAAAUAAAGACUCUGUCUCUACAGGUCAAUAGUAUGAUUUGGAGAAGUACAUAGCAACCUUUUUUAUUUCUCCAAGAACUCUGUAAUUUCAAAGUAACUAAUUAAGUAGUUAUUUAUAACUACUAUAAUAAUACUUUGAUUCCCAAAGAAGAGGAAUACCUCCAUAUUAAAUGUUAAUAAUAAACUAAGCCUAAUAAGGAGACACUGA